AUGCAGCAGAAGGCCUCGGAUCUGUUGGACCAUGAGAGUGGCUCACUGACCUACACCGACCUCGAUGCGGCAUCCACAUACCUAGCACAGAAGUUGCAACAGCAGGGCGUAGAAAAAGGCGACAUCGUGUGUCUUCUUACCGAGCAUGGCACUCUUAACAUUAUUGCUCUACUUGCUGUGCUCAAGGCGAAAGCCUGCUACGUUCCCCUCGACCGGAGCUCUUGGUCUAUAGAACGCAUUGAGACCGUGCUGUCCUCGGUUGAUAGCCGUUUCCUCAUCAACACAACUGGUGCCUCAUUUGAGAACAACAAAUAUACCAUUAUUCAUCUCCAGAAGGUCGAAAUCCCGCGCAGUAAUGGCAGCAGCGAUAACGCCACUGAAGUCAGUACCAUCACUGCCCCCGAAGCUCUGGCUUGUAUCAUCUUCACCAGUGGCAGCACAGGCAAGCCAAAGGGUGUCAUGAUCUCCCAUCGCGCGAUAGUCAACUACGGGCAUACCAGUCCCUUCAAUAUGGAUGUCCAAGCCGGUGACCGUGUGCUCCAUAUAUUGUCGGUAGCAUUCGAUGGAAAUUCAGGAACAGUUGUGCCAGCUUCUAUGGAUACACUCUACGAAAAAGCACAGACAUGCUCGAUCCUAGCCUCAACACCCUCGAUCCUGGCCACUCUCCCCCUGCCUUCUGCUGUCCCCGACAGCUACCCGUUGGUCCAUACCAUCUUACUCGGGGGAGAGACACCGAAUGGACAGCUUCUGUCACAUUGGCUUAAUUUUGGUGUGCGAAUUCUCAACGCAUAUGGCCCCACAGAGACAACCUGUGCGUCGUUGAUGCAAGAUGUGGAGGUCUCCAGCGAGACGGGAACGAUUCGCAGUAGCAUCAUUGGCAGUCCCAUGCCACAGGCACCGGUAUACCUGCUUCGGGAUGAUCUCACUCUAGUGGAUGACUAUGACACGGAGGGCGAGAUUGUCAUUUCCGGAAUUGGUCUGGCGGAGGGAUACUAUCGCAAUCCUGCGCUCACAGCCGAGCGGUUCAUUACCUGGCGUGGCACACGAGUCUAUCGGACGGGUGAUCAGGGACGCUGGAUUCGUCGCAACGAUGGGGCUCGUGUGAUGGACUUCCGUGGGCGCUCUGAUCGAACAGUGAAGAACCGUGGCUUCUUGGUGAAUCUUGCCGCUGAUGUAGAAGAGCCGUUGAGGAUGAUGGGCUUUGGCGUCAGCGAUGUCUAUGCGAGCAUAAUAAAGUCACGCUUGGUGGUUCUGGUAACACCAGCCUCCGUUGAACUGGAAAGUCUGCGCAUUGAGGCACAAAAACGACUGUCGUCCUUCCAUUCCCCCGAUCAUUACUGUGCCGUUGAGCGGUUCCCAAUCUCCCCCAAUGGCAAGAUUGACAGCAGGGCUAUUUCCGAGUUGCUUGACCAAAGUCAAUAUCGGCUUCUUGCAGCCUCCAGUGCGAUCAUAUACGAAGGCUCCGCUGUUGACGAUCCUUCUAUGAAGUCUGAGCUGCCAGUUAAUCUGGCAACAGCUGUUUCUGAAUGCAUGUGCACCGCACUUGGCUUAGACAUCCCGCGUUCCCAGAUAGAUUUCAACUUCUUUGCCUUGGGCGGAAACUCACUGACAGCUCUCCGAUUCAGCUCACUCUGUCGUGAACGUGGCAUCUCUAUCACUACCCAAGACAUCUACCGCCAUCCGACACUGCAUGGCAUUCUUCGCUGUGCGCAUGCCUUGCAGCCAAUAGCUCCAGCUAUAGAGCCGGAUGGUAGAAAUACAACGCAGCAAUUAUCAGCACUACGCGCGGAGGUAGCGGCACAGUUGCAUCUGGGGAAGCUGUUGUUGCCGUUGGACACUCAAAUCGGCCGAUUAACUCCUUUGCAGCUAGAGCUGGCAGCUCCCACUCUAGAGCGCAAUGGCACCAACACCAACCAGCUCCAGUUGACGUACCCAUUGAGUGAUGCGGAGCGUAUCUGCAACGCCUGGAGACGGGUUAUUGAGUGUGAGCCUGUCUUCCGGACACAAGUCUCCCUUGAUGUCGCCUGUGGCGUGCAGAUACAGCAUGCUCCUCACCUGCGCCAGUCGGAGACGUCAAAAGUUCGCAGCCACUUCUGUGGCCCCGUGGAGCUCACUUUCCGGCGACGCGAAGAUUAUGAGGCUGCCGUGACUGAUCCUGCUCUUUUAUAUGUCGGCCUCGGUAUGCGAUUGGACUUCAUCAAAUUUGUGCCCAAUGAUACGGGUGAUGAGCCCGGAUCGGGAGAUACCGGUGAAAUUACAAUCAAUUGGGCGGCUCACCACGUGCUGCUCGACGGCUACUCAGUCGGGCUUAUCCUAGCCAAAGUGCAGCGAGCGGUGCAAGGGGGGCACCUGUCCCAGAGUUCAUCCUUUCUGGAUGCCUCAGAGGGACUGUUAGCGAUCCAGGACAAACGGGAUGGUGAAGCGAGGCGAUUCUGGACCGAUUAUUUAGAAUCAGUGCGGUCGCUCCCAGUUCUGGAUGACCAGUGUCGAUCGCAGGAGAUCAGUAACACCCCAUACCGUGCUCAGGAAAUACGCUUUUCGUGUGCAGAACAUCUGCCGCAGAUACAGAGACUGGCCGAGGAAUGCAAAGUCACCUUGGCCACCGUCUAUUAUACCGCAUGGGCGAUGGCACUGGCACAGUAUACAGGCCGGCACCUGGUGGUCGUGGGAGCAGUUUUCUCUGGCCGCGAGACCCAGCUGGAGCACAUCAACACGAUCGGGCCGCUGAUGGCUACAUUGCCCCUCCUCUGCGAGCUGAGAAGAGAUGCAUCCAUUGCACAGCAGCUUGAGGCCGUCAUGGAGGGACUCGCGACCAUCAGUGCGUAUGCAUGGUCGUCGUCAGAUCAGAUUGGCUACCGGCUGGACAACUUGAUGGCCACACACCUCCUAGCCGAAAACGACGCUGGGUUCCGUCUGGUGUAUGACCCAGCCGCCCACAGUGACCGACGCAUGCAUACGCUAUCCCAAGCUAUGAAAAGCGCCUUAAAUACAUUGCCCGAUGCCACGACGAUCGGUAGCUGGCUGGAUUAUGCAGAGGGUGCUUUUGAGAAAUUCGGUCACAACUCGACGUUUGAAAUGGAAUGUGGUGCGCCCCGGUCUCAUUACACUCCAGAGACGCAUAUCGCAGAGGCCUUCGAGGUAUCUGCAGACCGACAUGCUCAUCUUGCUGCGCUAGAAGGAUCGGAGUGCACUUUGUCCUAUGCGGAACUAGACCAGCUCUCUGAUACGGUGUGUGCCCGGCUUCGCCGAGACAUCCCCAAUGCACAGACAGUUGCUAUCCACGCUGAUGGCUCUAUCAACUGGAUCGUUGGGAUCCUGGGCAUCCUCAAAUCGGGCUCAGCUUACUGUCCGCUCGACCCCGCCUAUUCGAUGGAUCGUCGGGUUGAAGUAUAUACUCGCAGUGGAGCGGAUGCGCUGUUGAUACCGAAUGCCUGUCCCACUGCUGUGCUGCAGUUGCCGGAUAUCCAUGUACUGGUUGUCACGGAUCUGCUGAGCCAUACCACGUGCGAUGCGGUAUCUCACCGUCUUCCCCUACCCGCAAAAGCGAACGAUGAUGCCCUCAUUGUCUUUACUUCUGGGACGACAGGUCGUCCAAAGGGUGUUCCAAUCAGCCAUCGGGGAUUGCUGGCAUUACAGUCGAACCCAGAAGCCACCAUGUUCGGCUGUCCAGGUCGUCGUAUUGCUCAAUUCAUGUCCCCGGCAUUUGAUUACUGCGCUAACGAGAUAUUUUCGGCCCUGCUUCAUGGGGCUACUCUGGUUCUUCGUGAACCCAGCGACCCGUUGGCUCACCUUGCAAAAGUGGAUGUCGCGACUAUAACUCCCUCCGUGAUGAGCGCCUUAGACCCGGCUGAAUAUCCUAAUCUACGCAUGGUUUAUGCCACAGGAGAACCUGUCACCCCAGGGUUAUUGGAUCGGUGGGCGGCAAAUCGCGUAUUCUACAAUGCAUACGGCCCCGCUGAGUGUUCUAUCUGCACAUCAUUCACACGGUUGGUUCCCGGCCAACAGGUGACAAUUGGGCAAGCAAUCCAAACCGCAAGAAUGUAUAUUUUAACUCCAGAGCUACAUCCUGUGCGAGAUGGUGCCACUGGGGAAAUAUUCCUUGCUGGCCAACAGGUGAUGCGCGGGUACAUCGGGGAUGAUCAGCAAACAGCACAUCGCGUAUUGCCUGAUCCCUGGCAUGAUGGCGAGCGAAUGUAUCGCACUGGCGACUACGGAUACUGGACAAAUGACCAGCAGAUCUGCUAUGUCGGUCGAGUGGACCGCCAAGUAAAGGUUCGGGGAUAUCGUGUAGAGCUUGUUUCGGUCGAGAUGCGAAUGUAUGAAGAGGAGCCACGGCUAGUACAGGCCGCUGCACUGGUCGUUAAUGACAACCUGGUUGCAUUUGUCAUGCCUUCUUCGAUUGAUGUGGCCCGCCUGGAACAGAGACUCCGAAAAACCCUUCAGCCAAGCUGGGUACCGCAGAUUAUCACGCCCCUGGAUGAAUUCCCCUGGACAACAAACCGCAAGGUGGACUAUCAGAGAUUGAAGGAAAUCGGCAUCCUUGGUAAGACUGAAUCACCAAUUCCUCCGACCGGGCCUCUGUUGGACCCCAUUGCCGAGGGAAUUGCGGGAAUUUGGAAAAUAUUACUUCGUUUGGUGGACAAUGUAGCACUCGGGCCCGACGAUGACUUCAGGCGCCUAGGUGGUCACUCUAUCUUGCAAAUGCUACUCGCUGCUCGUCUUGCGGGCUUUUAUGGCAUCGCCAUGACGACACGGGACGUAAUUGAGCAUCCCACGUUGGAAGAACAGACAGGCCUGGUCAAGUCUCGUCAACGUCAGGCUCCCCUGUCCAAGAACUUGCCCAUCUGCAAGGCCCUUCCUGAUCAUUAUCUGUCUGAGUUGGAACGUCAGACCUGGUUCCAGUAUCUGGUGGCGUCGGAUGUCCGCACGUUCAACAUCCCUGUCCUCCUCCAUCUUGAUGGAAAAUUCGACCGCCAGCUCCUUAUUCAGUCUCUGAAUGCGGUACUAGCAUCACGCAAAGUACUCCGCAGUAAUUUUAUUGAGGCUUCGACGGGACCGAUUCGGGUCUUCCGCAAUGCUCCACCUCAAGUGCAGGAAUGCAGAUCAAUUUAUGUUGCGAGAGAGAUUGCCAGGGGCUUUGACUUGGCUCGUGAUGAGCUCAUCCGUGUUUUUAUGGACCAAAAGACUCUGCUGGUUGUCAUCAGCCAUGCCAUUGCCGAUCUAAACAGCGUACAGAAUCUGUUCCGGGAAACAGCAGAUGUCUAUCGAGGCUCGACUGCCCAAGUCAAUCGAUGGAACUAUCUGCAAGCAUCUGCCUGGUCUCGCAAGGCAACGCCUGAGGAACGCCACUUCUGGACACGUUACCUCGACGGCGCGCCUCAACGACUCUCCAUCAACCGUCACCUUACUCAAACGAGCUUUGAGGGCACGUCUCGUACCUGCCACUUUGAGGGGACCAUGAUUCACGGACUCAGAGCAUUGACGCAAAGGUACGGCGUGACCAAGCACCAGAUUGUCUGUGCCGCGACUGCUCAGAUGCUGCAGUGGCUCUGCGCGACCGAUGACGUGGUUUUAGGCUGUCCGUGGGAAAAUAGAACGUCCGACCUCGAGCGACGGUCCUUAGGUUUAUUCCUGGAUAGGCUGCCACUGCGCAUCAAGACUCCACCAAAUGCAGACUGUGCAGGCAUCCUGGAAUCAGUGCGCGAAGCGAGCCAAAAGGCAGUGGCUUAUGCAAUCCCUUUCGAGCAGAUUCUCGACACCCUCCACAUCCCGCGCACCAUCCGGCAGCAUCCGAUCUUUGAAGUUAUGGUCACAUUCCAUUUGAAGGGAGCCAUUGAGGACUGCCUCGAUAUCGACGGGCUCGAUGUCCAGCGUGAGAUGUGCUACGCGCCAGGCUCCAAGUUUUUGCUCAUGUUCGAAUGGACGGAGCUGGAAGUGGACCACUGGGUUCUGCGUACUGAAUAUGACCAUCACCAGAUUGCGCCUGCCACCAUCACGGUCAUUGAUCAGGCCUUACGAUGUGUCUUGGAAGGAUUGUCGUUGGAACUCUCGCGCCCAGUCAUCGAGAAACGUCUAGCACAUACCUUCCCAGAGACCAAAGAAGAUAGUAGCAGUGAGGGUGAGAGCGAUGGUGAUGAAAAUGCCCUUUGCGACCGGCUUGUGUAUAUCCUUCGCCGGGAGAUGGCAGCCUGUCUGAGCAUUGAUCUUGCCGAUUUCCCCUGUUCGGUGUCUUUCUUCGAAGCUGGGGGGAACUCUAUCGACGUAUGGCGAUUGCAGCGCCAACUGAAGCGGGUUGGCGUGGAUAUGCCGAUUUGCACAGUCUUUGAGCUACCCACUGCCCAGGCCCUAGCUCGGCACAUUUGUAAACGAGUGGAUUGGCUUGGAUCUGAAUGA